AUGGCAUCGACGGCGACAAUCUCAAUGCUUGAAGAGGCUAAAGCCCAGUUCAUCCAUGGCGAAAAGCUCAAUGUUCAGCUCCUUGACCAGGUUCGAAUUUGCUCCAUUUUCGUUUUUGUAUGAAAUUUGAGCAGUUUAUUGGAGAUUUUUGUAUAACUUAAGACAAUAAUUUCAUGGUUCGAGGGACUUUUUUUUUUAUCAUUUACCUAGUCGUAUUUUACGUUUUUUUUUUUUAAAGCGUAGUUUAUUUCUAGUUUUGCUAGGGUUGAUUGAGCAGUUUCUUGAAAGCUUUUGAGUAAUCUAAGUUCAUUUUCGACGUAAUUUUAAUAAUUCUAUGAUUCAUAGUUGAAUUUUGCGAUUCUUUUUUAAGCGUAGUUUAUUUCCAGUUUUUAGUGAUAUCUUUGCAGUUUUCUGACGCCCUUUGGUUUGCUUAAGUUAAGUUUUGACGCCUAUUUGAUGUUUUUAUGAUUCAAAGACUUCAAUAAUUUUCCUAGUUUUUUCUCGUAAAUUGAAAAGUUGGAUUUCUCGUUUUAAUAGAAAGAUCCGUCUAUUUUUGGGUUUUGAGACAUUUUCAAGCGGUUUCUUGAAAGCUUUUGUAUAAUUUAAGUUCAUUUUCGACGUAAUUUCAAUAAUUUCAUGACUCAAGAACCUUUUUUUCAUUUUCCUAGCUUAUCCCGGUUAUAUAGGUGAUUUCAAAAGCUGGAUUUUACGAUUUCUCGGAAACGAUUUUUAAAAAUAGUUUUUGAGUCAAAUUUGGGCAGUUUCUUGAAGACUUAUGUAUAAUUUUAGUGCAGCUUUGACGCAAUUUCUAUAAUUUUAAGCAUCAAGAACUUUUCAAUAAGUUUCCCACCUCUUUUUUUAGUAGUUUAAAAGGUUGGACUUCAUUCUUUUUUUAGGUAGCUCAUUUUUUACCAUUUUCAUCUUUCAGCCAUCAUUUUUUUGGAGCUUCUACAAACUUUUCAAUUAUUAUUUAAGCUUUCUAAGAUUAAAAAACAAAAGAAGUUUUGCCCUAACCUAUUUUUUAGUAUGUUUAUUUUUAUUUUUACUUAUAUCUACUUCUAGUAUUUUGGAGAGCCUUUUGAACCCUGUGAAGAUUUUUCAAAGAAGUUUUGAAAGCCGUGGAAUUUUAUAAGAUGUAAGAUGUUUGCAAGCUUUUUGUAAGAUAUUUUAUAGUUCAGUAUAGUUUUGAGGCUCAUAAGUGUUUUUUCAAUGUUUGACUAUGACUUUAAAUUAGUUUUUAGAAGAAUUUAUCAUGAAUUUUUGAGGGCUCUGAACAUUUUUGAGCCAUUUCGAGGUUAAAAUCUCAAGAAAAGAACUAUUUUUUCAGGUCGUGAACCUCAUGAACACAGCGACUGGCGAAGAUCAACGCAGAGCGAAUCAAGUUCUUGUCGAUCUCAAAGAAGAUCCGAAUGCCUGGACAAAAGUAAAAAGAUUUGGAGAAUAAAUUAAAAAAGUAAUUUUAGGUCGACGCAAUCUUGGAAUGUUCGUCCCUGAACGAAUCCAAGUACUUUGGACUCCAAAUUCUGGAGGGCGUCAUUCAGAAAAAGUUUAUUUUUUGAAGGGAAUGGGAUUUCGUUCAGUUUUUAUUGAUUUGCCUUGUUCAAAGUCUGUUUUUAUGAUGUCGGGAAAAUUGGGUCCUGCAAUGAUUUGUGAAUUUUACCCGCGAAACUUCGAUAUUUUGAAAUUUUUUGGGCUUUUCCAACAAAAUUUGAAUUUAUCGUGAAGUGCUCAAUUUUUCUAAGGGCUCCCGAAAUUCCAAUUUCGCGAAUAACUCGUCAAUUUUGAAAUCCCCGAAAUCAACCAGAAAACGGCAUUAAUUCCAACUUUAUUUAACUAAAAAAAUUUAGGUUUUUGUUCAUUUCAGUGUUUUUUUAUGCCGUUUAAAAAAAUUGGGUCCUGCAACGAUUUGUCGAUUUUACGCGCGAAACUCUGAUUUUUUUAAAUUUGUUCGGGUUUUUUUAAACAAUAAUUUCAAAUUUUCGUUGAAGAACCCAAUUCCGAUUUUUCUAUCGGUUCCCGAAAUUCAAAUUUCUCGAAUUAAGCGACAAUUUUGAAACCCCCAAAAUUAACCAGGACACGGCAUUCAGUCUGUAUUUUUAUGCCGCUGAAAAAAAUUUGGGUCCUGCAACGAUUUGUGAAUUUUACGCGCGAAACUCUGAUUUUUGAAGUUACUUGGGCAUUUUUCAAAGAAAAUUUCAAAUUUUUUAACGGUUCCCGAAAUUCGAAUUUUGCGACAUACGCUUCAAUUUUGAGAUUCCUAAAAUCACUCUGAACAUGGCCUUGAUUCCACCUUAAUUUGAUCAGAAAUUCAAGUAAAUCUCGCCAAUUUCCAGAUGGAAAUCACUGCCCAACAUCCAACGCGAAGGAAUCAAGUCGUUCAUCGUCAACAUGAUGCUCAAAUUGAGCUCCUCCCACGUGGAGAUGCAGCUGAACGCCUUGUUGCUCCACAAAUUGAACCUGGUCUUGGUUCAGGUGUGCAUUUUUCGGAAUUCUACUGGAUUUUAACUCGUUGAACUUGAUGGAAACUGAAAAAUGAUGCAAUUUUUGAAAAAAAACUGAAAAAUUGUAGGAUAAUUCGAACUAAAUUUGCCUUUUUCUUGUAAAUUAUAACGUUUACUUGGUUCAGGUGGGGAUUUAAGAAAGAAAUUUUGAGGUUUCAUGAGGUUUUAACUUGUUGGACUUGAUGGGAACUGUGAAAUGAUGCAAUUUUUGGAAAAAAGGAAAAUUUUGAAACGGGUUUUCAGUGGUAUAAUUCAUGAAAAAUCGAUCAUUAUUCAAUUUUUUAUGUAAUUUUCGACCUUUCCCUGUCGAAAUUGAUGGAAAACCGAGAAAUGUUGCAAUUUUUAAGAAGAAUGACUAAUUUUGGAGCUUUAUUUCAGUGGUAAGUGUUAAAAAAUGUUAAUGAUUUGACAGUUUUCGGGUGAUUUUUCGCUCUAAGGAUAUUUCGAACUAAAUUUGCCCUUUUUCUUGUAAAUUUUAACGUUUACUUGGUUCAGAUGUCCCUUUUCGGAAAGAUUUUCGGAAUUUUAUAGGAUUUUAACUUGUUGAACUUGAUGGGAACUGUAAAAUGAUGCAAUUUUUGAAGAAAUUGUAUGAAAAUUUAAUUAAGAUUCGACUUUUUCGUGUAAUUUUCAACGUUAAAAAAAAACUCUUGGUUCAGAUGUCCCUUUUCGGAAAGAUUUUUCGAAAUUUUUAUAAGAUUUUUAACUUGUUGAACUAGAUGUAAUAUGAAAAAUGAUGCAAUUUUUGAGAUAUAAUGCGAAAUUUUAUGAUAAUUCGAUCAAAAUUUGCCUCUUUUUUUUUCGUAAUUGUUCACUUUUUAACUGGUUGAACUUGAUGAAAAUCAAGAAAUGAUGCAAGGACAAUUUGAGGGAAAGACAAUUUUCGGAACGAUUUUGCAGUGGUAAUAUUUGUGAAAAUUCAAUCAUUUGACGGUUUUGAGUGAUUUUCAACAUCUGAGUGGUUCAAGUGUUGAAUUUGAGAAGCAUUUUGAACCUUCAUAAGAUUUUAACUCGUUGAACUUGAUGGGAACUGGAAAAUGAUGCAAUUUUAAAGGGAAGGGCAAUGUUUGGAACGAUUUUUUAGGGAUAGUUCUUGGGAAAAUUCAAUCAUUUGAAGGUUUUAUGUGAUUUAUAACCGUGUAAUGGUUAAGGUGUAAAUUUUGGGAUGUAAUUUUGAACUUUAUAAGAUCUUAACUCGUUGAACUUGAUGGGAACUGGAAAAUGAUGCAAUUUUCGAGAAAAACUGAAAAAUUUUAUGAUGAUUCGAUCAAAUUUUGCCUUAUUUUUCGUAAUUGAUUACUUUUUAACUCGUUGAACUUGAUGAAAACUGUAAAAUGAUGCAAGAUUAAACUUUUGAAGGAUCCAUGAGUUCUCUGUUGUUCAAUAAUUUGUUCAGAUUGUGAAGCAAGACUGGCCGAAGAACUGGCCGACGUUCAUCACGGACAUCGUCGAGUCGUCGAAGAGCAACGAGACGGUCUGCGUCAACAACAUGAACAUUCUCAGCUUGCUCAGGUCCUCGAUUUGAGCAUUUUUGAGACGCUUUUCAUGUCUUGUUCUGUAAUUUGGAAACUCUCGCGUUAUUCGUUCAAAAUGAUAUCGCGAAAAAGGCAAAAUUAGGAAUUCCAGAGUUGUGCCUACAGAAAUGAGGGGCCGAAAAAGUGGUCCCUAUAGGGUUAAAAUCAAGGUGGUUCCUGAAAGGGUUCAAGGUCUGACCCCUUAGCCCCUAAACCUCAAGUGGACCCUACAGGGGACUUUCAGUUUCCUUCAAAAAAGGAUUUUUCAUUCAGUUUUUAUCAUGUAAAUGAUUCCACGCUCAGACUUGAUAACAAUUAUCGACCAGCCUGUCCCCUAUAGGGACCACUUUUGCAAACUUUGGCGGUCCCUAUUGAGGUUGGUAAAGUGGUCCCCAGAGGGGACCCUCCAAGAACACUUAAGGUUGCCCCUAUAGGGACCACUCUGGAGUCCCCUAGUCCGGAAGCCGCACAAUGAUUUUUCGCGGUGUGUAGAUUUUUACGGCGACUUUUUCACGCGAAUUUGAAGUUUUUGUUGAGUUCGAAUUUUGCCCAUUUCGUGAAGUCAUUUUAAACGAACGCGUCAAUUUUGAAAUGCCCGAAAUCAAUAUGAACACGGCAUCACACCCAGGGAUUUUUCGAACUUAAAACCUUUUAAUUUUCUGAGUUUUGUUGAUUUUUUUUGCUGGAUUUUCCUUGAUUUUAUUGGUUUUCUAGUUUUUCAAUAGGUAGUUGAAGCGCAUUUUUUAGUUCUAACCCUUUCGAAAAUUGAUUUUGAGCUUGAACUUCUUAUUUUAAAACAAGAAAAUAAGAAUUUUGAGGUUUAUUUUUCCACGAUUUUUUUCUAAAAAUUUUAGGCCCACAUAUUUUUGGCAAAAACAUUUUUUUCAUCAUGAAAGUCAAAAGUUUUGUGGAUCGAGAUGAAAAAAACUUAUGAAAAUGAGGAUAUUUCUUCGAUUUUCAGCGAAGAAGUGUUCGAUUUCGGCGCCCAGAACCUGACCCAGGCCAAGGAACAGUACCUGAAACAGCAGUUCUGCGGCCAAUUCCAAGAAGUCUUCACCCUUUGCCUGACUAUUUUGGUAAAGAGUAUAAAUUAAAAAAAUUAAAUAUGAUUUUGCAGGAGAAAUGCCCGAGCAACAGCAUGGUCCAGGCCACUUUGAAGACCCUCCAUCGCUUUUUGACCUGGAUCCCGGUCGGAUACGUCUUCGAGACGAAUAUCACCGAGAUUUUGAGCGAAAAUGUUGGUCGAUCUGUGGGGGAAAUGAUCUAAAAACAUAUUUAUGGGCCUUAAAACAUGAUCAAAAAGGGAUUUUAACACAACUUUCAGUGGAAAUGUUGGUGGCUCUGUAAGAAAAAUGGUCUAAAAAAAUUAGUGAAAAUUUAGGUGGAUUUGUGGGUUAAAUGAUCUGGAAAUUUUUUUUUAUUUAUGAGCUUUAAAAAAUUAUCAAGAGGGUUAUUAUUAGAAUUUUCAGUGAGUAUAUAGGUAAAUCUUUAGAAAAAAAAGAUAUCUAGAAAGUUAUUUAUGGCGCUCAAAACAUGAUCAAAAAGGGAUUUUAACACAACUUUCAGUGGAAAUGUUGGUGGAUCUGAUGGAAAAAAAAAUUAUGGGUCCUAGGGUUUUGUUAGGGUUAUUAACAGAGCUUUCAGCGGGAAUAUAGGUGGAUCGAGGGAAAAAAUUGAUCUGGAAAAUUAUUAAUGGUGCUCAAAAAAUGAUCAAGAGGGUUAUAGUCUGUGUGACAUGACUUGAUAUUUCACCGAACGACAUUCCGCUGUUCGGCUAGGUGCGUUUGCGAAGCGUCUUUGCGAGCCUCGGUCUCGCUUUGAACUGGUUCUCAUUUCUGAUAGGUGGGAUGUUCCACUAGGAAAAUUUGUUGGUCGAGUUCUUAAAUAAAAUGAAAAUUUAAAGGCACGCAGCGGAACAGCGGAAUGUUGGAUAUUUUUUUAAUCUCGAAAAACUAAUAUUUAAAUCAUUUUUUUGAAGAGAUUAGAGGGGAAGUUUUGGUAUUUUUUUCGUGGAAAAAUCUAUUAUGAGGACUUUCUGGGAAAAUGAUCUAAGCAAGAAAAAAUUCUGCCUCCAAACCAUAUCUAGAUGGAGGAUUUAAACUGAGCUUUUAAGUGGAACUUUCGAUAUUUUUCGUCGAAAAAAUAAUCUAUUAAUAGAACUUCGAGUGGAAAAGUUGGUACUUUUCGUAAAAAAAUCAAGGAAUUUUUUUGGUUUUUAAAAGAAAAAAAUCAUUAUGUUUAUAAAUUGAAAGUUUUUGAACUUUCGAGAUCAUUCUUGAUCUUAUGAGCUUUGAAAAAAAUAAACAAUAUUUUUUUCUCCAGUUCCUCUCGCUGGAAGUCUACCGCGUGGUGACCCUCCAAUGCCUGACGGAAAUCUCGCAAAUCGCCGUCGAACACUCGGAUCGAGUUUAUUCCAGCAAACUCAUCAACAUGUUCGUCGCCACCAUGAAGGAGGUGGGAAUCCGGGAAAAAUUUAGGGAUUUUCAGAAAAUUUGAAAAAUGCAGAUUUUUUUAUGCUGAAAAAUCGGCGAAAGUAGUCAUUCGUCUAUAUGAAUAUUCAAAGAACUUUCAAAAAAAAGAAAAAAAAUACAAGGUUCCAGUAUUUUUAGUUAGCAACAUUUUUGAGUAAGUUCAAGUGAGAUUUUUGAAAAAAAGCGGUUUUUCAGCACAAAUUUUGUUUAUAUGAGAAGUGAGGUAUGAAAAUUAUAAAAUAUCCCGGUUUUUCGAGGGCUCGAUACCGUUGGAAAAAAAGUAAUGAAAAAUCUAGCGAAACGGGCCUUUUUGAGGCUUUUUUUAAACGAAAAAUUGAAUGUUUUUUUGAAAAUUUGAGGUCGAUUUUUUAAAAUUCACAUCAAAAAAAAUAUUUUUUUAGGGAAUGAUCAUGAAAAUAACUUGUUGGAAAAAGUAGAAAAAAAUAGUCUUUUUGAUAUUUUUUUGGGGCCGAUUUCAUUAAAAAAAUUUGGAAUUUUUCCCCGUCUGAUACUUUCUGGACUGUCUUAUGGUUCAUUAAAAAAAUUCCAGGGAACUUUAAAAAAAUUCUAAAAUCUUUUUGUUGGUAAAAGGUCGAUUUUUUUGCAGAUGGAUAAUCAGUUAGAAAGUGAGAAAUUAGUUUUUGCGGAAAAUGAAAGUUUCUUUUGUCUUAGGCUUCCGAGCCGUCUUCUGGUUCAUGGAAAAAAAUUACGGUGAAUUAAAAAAAAUUCUAAAAAAAUCUUUGUUAAGAAAAAGGCCGAUAUUUCCUUUUUUCCAUUUGAAUAACUGGUUGGAAAGGUAGUGAAAUAGGCUUUUUUUAAUAAUUUUGAGGCCUAUUUUGUUAAAAAUUAGGAAUUUUAGCCGUCUGAUACUUCCAGAACCGUCUUCUGGUGCAUGGAAGAAAUUCCAGUUGUUGGAAAAAGAGAAAAAUAAACCAUUUUGAGGCUAUAUUUUGCGAAAAAUGGAAAAUUCGCUGUCUUGAGCUUUCUGAACUGUCUUCUGGUACAUGAAAAAAAGAUCCAGAGAACUUUUUUUAAAAAUUCAAAAAAAUUUUUUUGUCAAGAAAAAAAGGCCGAUAUUUGCAGAUAAGUCGCUUGGUGGAACCCAGCGCGGACCUUCAGAAAGCCUACAAAGUGGGAACCGAUCAGGACCAGAAGUUCAUCAGCAGCUUGGCCAUGUUCCUGGUCGCUUUCCUCAAAGAACACGCGGCUCUGAUCGAGGUGCCCGAAAAAUCGUUCCCGGAAAAAGGAAGUUGAUUUUGGCAGGUCACUGACCCGAACAGGAACAAAACUCUCUACGAGGUUCACAACUAUGCGAUGGAGCUGUUGCUCAAAAUCAGCUUGGUCGACGACAUCGAAGUCUUCAAGGUGAUUUGGGGCGAAUUUUCGGCUUUGAUUCCAUGUAAAAUGAUUUUCACAUGUAGUUUUUGAAGAAAAAUUUUUUUUUCAGGAUACUUUUUCAAUAUAAACGAGAAAAUUCGGAUCUGAAUCCAUGUAAAAUGAUUUUAAGUAUGAUCUUUUCGGGGGUUUUUUGAAAAAGAAAUUCCUAUAUCAGAAGAUUUUCGGUCUUUGAACUGUAAAAUUAGAGGAAAGACCUCUUUUUUGGAAAUUGAGUAAUAUUAACCGAGGAAUUCGGCUUCGGAUCCAUAUCAAAUGAUUUUUAGGCAGAUGUUUACAUGCGAUUUUUGAAAAAAAAAAAGCGUGUAUUUGAAAUUUUCCAAGUUUUUGAUGGUGAUUAGGGCAAAUUUCGGAUCUGAAUCCAUGUGAAAUGAUCUUUAAGUCGUCGGUUUUCAAAAAAAAAACAAGUGACAUCUGAACCCUGAAAUUCGGAUAAGCUUCCAAUUUUUGUUUUCCAAGAUCAAUUUUUGUAAAGUUGCCAUUGAUUCCUAUGAUAACAGAGCCCAAAUAUCUGAGGUUUCUCUUAUAUUUUUUUGAAAAAAAUUUCGUUUUUAUGACCUUUUUUUAUGGAAAAAAAGCGUUCUUAGUUUUUAGAAAGUGUUCUCAGAAAAAUUACUUCAUGGAAAAGUCGAAAAAUAAACCUUCAAACUAAUUUUUUUUUGUCUGCAGACGUGCCUGGACUGCUGGUGCUGGCUGACGUCGGAACUCUACCGCAUCUGUCCCUUCACCGGCCCGCCGCUGACUUUCGGGAUGCUGGCCCUGUCGCCGUCCUACAACAACCCCCGUCGGAUCCUCUACAAGGGACACUUGUCGCGUCUCAGAUCCAUCAUGAUCUCCCGCAUGGCCAAGCCCGAGGAAGUCCUAGUCGUCGAGAACGAACAGGGCGAGGUAAUCGGAAACCUGGAAAUAAUGAGCUUUGAGGGAUCACUAUAGGGAUCUAGGUAGCCCGAGAAUUCCCUGUAGUUGAGAACAAGCAGGGCGAGGUAAUGAUGGGGCUAACUAAAGAAACUUUAGAACUAAUGAUCCCUAAGUGAUCAUUUGAAUGAUCUAAGUGGUCACUCGAGUGGCCCGAAGAUUCUUGGAGUUAAGAAUGAACAGGGCGAGGUAAAGAACAUCUGGAAUACAUGAGCUUUGAGGGAUCACUAUAGGGAUCUAACCGGCUCGAAGAAUUCCCUGUAGGUAAAAAUGAACAGGGCAAGGUAAUCGUAGGGCUGAGAGAAAAGAAAAUCUGGGAAAAAUGAGCUCUAAGGGAUCACUAUAGAGAUCUAAGUGACCCGAAGAAUUCCCUGUAGUUCAGAAUGAACAGGGCGGGGUGAUCGUAGGACUGAAAAAAAAAACGUUAAGGAAAUGAGCGUCAACUGAUCACUAUAGGGAUCAAAGUGGCCCGAAAAUUUACCUGUAGUUCAGAAUGAACAGGGCAAGGUAAAGAACAUCUAGAAAAAUAUGAGCUUAAAGUGGUCACUUUAUUGCUUCAUAGAAUUUCUGGUCGUCCAGAAUCGGAUAAGGUAGUUAUGUGCUUCAAAAAAAAAGAAAAACAUGCAAAAAAAAAAUGAUCCUUAAGGGAUCACUAGAAAGAUCAAAGUAGUCACUCAAGUGGCCCGAAGAAUUCUUUGUAGUUGAGAAUGAACAGGGCGGGGUAAUUCAUGUACUGAGAGAAAAGAAAAUCUGGAAUCAAUGAGAUUUGAGGGAUCACUAUAGGGAUCUAAGUGACCAAAGAACUCCCUGUAGUUGCGAACAAGCAGGACGAGAUAAUCAUAGGGCUGAGAAAAAAAAAACCUUGCAAAAAUGAGCUUUAAGUGAUCACUAAUGCCUUAUGUUCUUGAAAAGGAAAGAAAAACUGAGCUUUAAUUGAUCACUAUAUGGAUCUAAGGGGCCACUAGAGUGGCCCGAAAAAUUUCGAAAAAAGAAAAUUUAGAAAUAAUGAGCUCUAAGGGAUCACUAUGAGGAUCUAAAUGGUUUAUCGAAAAUCCGAAAAAAAGUUUAAAGCGCACGAAGAAACUCUUGAAGUCCCAUUCUUUGACGAUUUACAUGAUUUCCACUUUAAUGACCACUUAUAUCUUUCAAUCGAUCACUUAAAGUGGUAAUGCUUGAAAAAGUAAUCAUGGGCUUGGAAAAAAUAAGCUUCGAAUAAUUAUCUUUUUUAGCGUAAUCCAUCUAAAAUCACUUGCUGCAGUUUUUGAAAGACGAAAAACAAUUUCCAGGUGGUCCGCGAGAUCGUCAAGGACACGGAUUCGGUGACGCUGUACCGCAACAUGCGUGAAACUCUCGUCUUCCUGACGCAUUUGGACACUCGGGACACCGAAGAGAAAAUGACCGACCGAUUGGCUACUCAGGUAAUGGGAAAAGUCGUUUUUUGAACUAUUUUCUAUCUUGUUGUUCAAUAAUUUAUGGUUUCAUCUCCAUUUUUAAAUGUUAAACAUGGCUUUUUCCGAUUUUUGAGACGUUUUUCAAGAGUUUUAUGUUAAUCUUUAGCAUUAAAAUCGACUUUCUUCUCAUUUUUUCGUGUCUGGAGAGAAAAUUGAGAUUUUCUCAUAAACUUUGUGGAUUUUGAAUUGAAUUUAUUGAGUUCUAUGUGUUUCCAGGUGACUGGAGACGAGUUCUCGUGGAAAAAUCUGAACACCCUUUGCUGGGCGGUCGGAUCGAUCUCCGGAACGAUGACCGAGGAAGACGAGAAGCGAUUCUUGGUUUUGGUCAUCCGAGGUGCGAAAAAUGAAAAAGAAAGAAGUUAUGAGCGUUUCUCCAGACCUUCUCGGCCUCUGCGAGCAAAAACGCGGAAAAGACAACAAGGCGGUGAUCGCCUCGAACAUCAUGUACGUCGUCGGACAGUAUCCGCGGUUCCUCAGGGCUCAUUGGAAGUUCCUCCGCACGGUAAGGCGCUGAAAAAUGGGGAAAAUUUGUGGAAAAAGUGAUGACAAAGUUGAUUAUUUUUUCUUCGUUUAAAUCACGUAGCUAAAGAGAAAUUUAUAAGGGAAAGUAAAUGAGAUGAAGCAGAGGGAAAAUUUAGAGCACAAAGCUUUGAAACGUUGCAAAGUUUAAACAUUCAGAAAUGAUUUAGAAAAGAAGAAAUUGAGGAAGUUUUAUUGAUUUAGUUGCGCGCGGUAAAAGCAAAAAAAUAAUGACAAAAAUCUUCCGGAAAAUUGAAGAUGGAAGCUUGGUAGAGCUGCAAAUAAGAUCUUUGGAAAAGUUUGUAGGAAAGAAGAGGUCUUCAAUUGAUUUGCGAUUGGUAGAUGAGAAAAAGCGAAAAUCAGUCGAGAAAUCGAAGAAAAAAGAAAAUCUGGAAACGUUGCUCAUUUGAUUUUUUGGAGUUUGAGUAUCUCAAUAUGAUUGUCCUCUUACUAUAACAAAAGUUGCGGUGCAUCCCGCGUCGAACCCUCGGUGCACCCCGCAGUGUAACCAGGGGUGUACCCCGUUUAGCUUGAAACGCCUUUUAAGGUACUUAUUCCGUACACGUUUUCGAAAAGGUUCAUUUUCCAAUAUAACUAUUUUCUACUGUUUCACCCUGGGGCUUACGGUAGCUCAAAAAAAACUUUAUUUUUGCCCCAGGGGUCCCGGGUCUGACCCGAAAACAUCAAAGAAAAGUUCACUUUCUUCGGGGUACACCCUCAUUUUUGUACGUAGCAAAAGAAAACUCAAGAAGAGUGUGAAUUUUUUUUUGCGCGAUGAGGCGUUAACACAUAAAAAGCUGAGAUAAGGAAACAAAUUUGUCAAAAUGUCGAAAAAACUGAAAGUUGAUCUUUCAAAGGUCACAUUUGGCCUCUCACGCUUUUCGAUUUGCAAUUUGAAAAAUUUUGAUCGAUUUUGCUGAGUUUUUCGUUUGUAGGUGAUCAACAAGCUGUUCGAGUUCAUGCACGAGUCGCACGAAGGCGUCCAAGACAUGGCCUGCGACACUUUCAUCAAGAUCGCCAUCAAGUGCAGACGUCAUUUUGUCAUUGUUCGCGUUUCAUUACAUUUUGUUUGUAUUGGUUUUCUGUUGUUUUUCUGAUUUUUUUGGCGAAAAAUCGAGCCUUUUUCCAGCUUCAAAACGGCGAGAAACGUCCGUUCAUCGAAGAAAUGUUGGUCAACCUCAGCGGAAUCAUCUGCGAUUUGACACAGCCUCAGGUAUUUUUUGAAAAACACCUUUUAAUGUAAAUCAAUGACUUGGGAAUGUGGAAAAAAGGUUUUGCGAUUUGAAAAAAUGGUUGAAAAUUCUCGAUUUUAAUCAUAAUACUUUUUGGAAGACAUAUGAGACGAUUUUCAGGCCUUUUUUUUAUAAUUUUCUGAAAAAUAGUUAUUUUUUAGUAUGGAUCUUUCUAUUGGCAGUAAGUUUUUACUCGAUUUCAACUCAUAAAAAUAAAGGAAAAUCUCUAAUUUACGCUUGACUUUGGCGAAAGUAGUUUUUGAGUCGGGUGCGCCUUGAAAAAAACUUAUCUGGACCCUCGAGCCAUUCCAAGUGCGGCCAUGAACUUCAAGAGUAGUAUAGAUUAUUUUCCCAUGUUCGAACUGAUUCAAAAAAUGCUAAGCGAUCAAGAAAAGUUUCUAGGUUUUGAUAAGGCUUUUUGGAAUGUAUUUUAGAAAAUUUUUAUGCUUCCCCAUUCAAUUUUUGUUACGUAGAAGUCCGAAAAAAAUAGCCUCAAAAUUUUCUUGACAGAAAAAAUGACAAACUGUUGAUUUUUAAAGAAUAUUUAUGACUUUUUAUGGACCUUUCCAUUCAUUUCAACUUAUAAAAACAAAAGAAAGGGUCUAAUUUUUGCUUGACUUUGGCGAAAGUAGUUUUGAGUCGGGGUGCGCCUUGAAACAACUUAUUUUGACCCCCGAGCCAUUUCAAGUGCGGCCAUGAACUUCAAGAGUAGUAUCGAUUACCCCGAAUUGAUUAAAGACCUCACAUAGAUCAUUAAAAAAAAACGAAAAUUUGAAGGUGCACGUGUUCUACGAAGCCGUCGGCCACAUCAUCUCGGCCCAAGUCGACCCGAACCUUCAAGAACCUCUGAUCGAGCAACUCAUGUCCCUGCCCAACCAUUCUUGGGACGAAAUCAUCGCCAGCGCCGCCAACGACGACAAGACCUUGACCGAACUCGAUGUUCGUAUUGACUAAGAAAAAAAGGAUUAUUCAAAGAUUUUCAAAGAGCUGCUUAGAAAGUUAGAGCAGAAGCGAGAGGGAAUUUCUUACAUUUUAUCGAUGACUUGAAGCUGUUUUUAGCCUGAUUUGUUACAAAAAACUUGUUUUAUUUCACCUUCUGUGUCUAGUAUCGUAUUCUCCAUUCAGUUGUGAAGUCAAAAUGAGCAAAAUGUCGAAAACUGGUACUUUUUGAAAGUGUUUCGAAAGAGCUUCAUAGAAAAAUUUAAAAAAAAUUGGUUUCUGAAGAUGCAUCUAGUAGUUUCAAACUUCGGGAUAACGAAAAAUCAGUUUCGAGUGUCCUUUUUUGUCAUUUUCAAAGUUAGAAACUUGAAAUUUUUGGAAAAUUUGAAGGGAUAAAUUAUCGGGAAAGUGUCAGGUUUGAAAAAACCGAAUUUUCAAUCUUUUCGCUGCCUAAAAAAACAGAAGCCUUUAGAGUGAUUUUUUUGGUCAGAAUUUUUGCAGUUUUUUGAUAUUUUUUUAAAUCAAUUUUUGGUUUUUAUAGGUCAUUCCGCGCUAGCUUGUCACGUUUUAAUUUCCGCCAAAUGGUCAGGUCAAAUUUAACUAACUUUCGCUUCAAGACCUUUGUUUCUUGCCGUUAUAAAAGCAGAAAUUUGAUCUAAUUUGGUAUACGGUCUUUUUGGCGGGAAGAAAAACAUGACAAGCUGGCGCGGAAUAGGCUAUAGACCAUGUUUUAGUGUCUUUUUGUCCGUAGUAUCAUUUUAUUCAAGCACUUUGAAAAAGAUACACUUUGCAAAAAUAAUGCCCCAAUUUUCUAUGCUUCCCCCGAAAAAUUCCAGUGCUUUCCAGACGAUCCGCAGCCUUCUGAACAUCCUGAAGUCGAACGUCGCCGCGUGCAAAUCCAUCGGAAACGCGUUCGUCAGCCAGCUUUCGAGGAUUUACUCCGACGUCCUGUCGAUCUAUCGGUGGGUUUCUGGGGGUCCCAAAAUGGAAAACGGCUGCAAAAUGACCGCUAAAAGGGUUCCGUUUUGCGGCCUUUAUUGAGUCUUUCUUUCUUGGUGGGCUAAAAGCCUCAAAAAAGGGUGAAGAAAGGGUCAAAAACUAUUCCGAUUCAGCCUCCUGUCGGAACGAGUUUCGGUGGCGGUCAGUGGCAACGGCGAGGAGGUCCUGAAGAUGCCCCUCAUCAAGUCGAUGCGAGCCUGCAAACGCGAGAUUCUGAUCCUCGUCUCCAGCUGGGUCUCCAAGAGCAACAGCGGAGAGGUGAGGAGUAGAGUUCUCAAAACCGAACGUUCAAAAAAUGACCGUUUGAAAAAAAUGAACUUUUUCAUUUUUCGAUAGUUUAGGAUAUAUCAUUUUUCAAACGUUCAACCAGAAAAGUUCGAAAAUCGUUUUCUUAUAAUAAUGAACGUUUGCUUUUUCACAUAAAAACGGACGUUCGUUUUUUUGAACGAACUGUUUUUGAAAUGGAAAAUGAACGUUCACUUUUUGAACGAACUUUUUCACGAGCGAAAAAAAUGAACGUUCAUUUUUUUGAACGAACUUUUUGAAAAUGAAAAAUGAACGUUCAUUUUUUUGAACGAACUUUUUACGAAAUGAAAAAAAUGAACGUUCAUUUUUUUGAACGAACUUUUUACGAACGAAAAAAAUGAACGUUCAUUUUUUUGAACGAACUUUUUUUAAAAUGAAAAAAAUGAACGUUCAUUUUUUUGAACGAACUUUUUUUAAAAUGAAAAAAAUGAACGUUCGUUUUUGAACGAACUUUUUACGAACGAAAAAAAUGAACGUUCAUUUUUGAACGAACUUUUUAAAAUGAAAAAAAUGAACGUUCAUUUUUUUGAACGAACUUUUUAAAAUGAAAAAAAUGAACGUUCGUUUUUUUGAACGAACUUUUUACGAACGAAAAAAAUGAACGUUCAUUUUUGAACGAACUUUUUACGAACGAAAAAUGAACGUUCAUUUUUUUGAACGAACUUUUUAAAAUGAAAAAAAUGAACGUUCGUUUUUUUGAACGAACUUUUUACGAACGAAAAAAAUGAACGUUCAUUUUUUUGAACGAACUUUUUACGAACGAAAAAUGAACGUUCAUUUUUUGAACGAACUUUUUACGAACGAAAAAUGAACGUUCAUUUUUUGAACGAACUUUUUUAAAAUGAAAAAUGAACGUUCGUUUUUUGAACGAACUUUUUACGAACGAAAAAUGAACGUUCAUUUUUUGAACGAACUUUUUAAAAUGAAAAAUGAACGUUCGUUUUUUGAACGAACUUUUUACGAACGAAAAAUGAACGUUCAUUUUUUGAACGAACUUUUUACGAACGAAAAAUGAACGUUCAUUUUUUGAACGAACUUUUUUAAAAUGAAAAAUGAACGUUCGUUUUUUGAACGAACUUUUUACGAACGAAAAAUGAACGUUCAUUUUUUGAACGAACUUUUUACGAACGAAAAAUGAACGUUCAUUUUUUGAACGAACUUUUUACGAACGAAAAAUGAACGUUCAUUUUUUGAACGAACUUUUUAAAAUGAAAAACGAACGUCCGUUUUUUUGAACGAACUUUUUACGAACGAAAAAAAUGAACGUUCAUUUUUUUGAACGAACUUUUUAAAAUGAAAAAAAUGAACGUCCGUUUUUUGAACGAACUUUUUACGAACGAAAAAUGAACGUUCAUUUUUUGAACGAACUUUUUACGAACGAAAAAUGAACGUUCAUUUUUUGAACGAACUUUUUUAAAAUGAAAAACGAACGUCCGUUUUUUGAACGAACUUUUUACGAACGAAAAAUGAACGUUCAUUUUUUGAACGAACUUUUUGGAAAUGAAAAAUGAACGUUCAUUUUUUGAACGAACUUUUUGAAAAUGAAAAAUGAACGUUCAUUUUUUGAACGAACUUUUUGAAAAUGAAAAAUGAACGUUCAUUUUUUGAACGAACUUUUUUACGAACGGAAAAUGAACGUUCAUUUUGGUUGAACGUUCAAAAGCAAACUUGAACCAAAAGUUUGGUUUCAACAUUUGUUCGAAAAUGUUUGGUCGAACGUUCGUUCGAACGUUUGGUUUUGAGAACUCUAGUGAGGAGUUUAGCAAAAAAAAAAAAAUGGGUUCAGUUUGGGAUGUUCUCGAAAUUCGCGCCCUUGAGAUAAGAUUUUUAAGCACUGUUUAAUAGAAAAAAUGGUUGUCAGUCCAUUUUUUGAACAAUUCGAUGAAUUUUUUAAAGGCGCAGGGGAAAAAAGGCUUUUCGCUUCGAGACCUCUAUGCUCCUUUAAAUAGUAGGUCUCGAAGCGAAAAUAAAAUUUUCCUUUUUUGACUUUAGUAAGAUGAAAGGAGCUCGAUAAAUAGCGGUAAAAAAGAACGGAUUUUUUUUCCGGACCAGGACCUUUUUGAAAAUUUUUGUAUGCUCCUUUAAAUUAUACGAAAAUGGACAUUUUUUUGCCAAAUUUUUUUCGAAAUUCAAUAUAUCAUUUUUUUCUAAUAAGUUUUUUUAGUGAAAAUGACUUUUUCGAGUAGUUUCUUUCAAGAAAUUGGUCCAUGCUGCUUUAAACGUAUUAGUAAGAAUUUUGAAAAUAUUGAAAUUUGAAAAAUUAUUUUUUUUUUCUUUAGUUUGUACUGAAAAUGGUUUUGUUGAGUAGUAAGUUUCUUGAAAUUAGUCUUUUUUCGUUUCUAGGACUGCAGGAACUUCAAGGCCUAAUUUUUUUCUCGAUCUCCUUGAUCUCCUCUAUCGAUUGAAACUAACUACAGGUCAUUAAAUCAUUUUUUUAACUAAAAAGCAGGUUUUUUUCGCGUCUUUUUCAAUACAAUUUUUUUAUGUUUGUAAGUUCUGAAAAUGUGAAAAUACAAUUUAAUUUGCAAAAAUUUUUUUCAAAUUACUUUUUUUCAACUUUUUCUUCAUCUCGGGCAGACUUCUGAUGCAUGGAAUCGAUCUAUGCUCCUUUAAAAGUCUCACCACGAAUUUUGGAAUAUACUGUACUUCAAUAAGUCAUUUUUCUCAUCAUUUUGAGCUGAAAACGGCUUUUUUGUCUAACAAUGCUCCUUUAAAAGUAUCGCCUCGAAUUUUGGAAUAUACUGUACGUCAUUUUUCUCAUUAGUUUGUAGGGACCACCUUGAUUCUACCCCUAUAGGGACCACCUUUUUCGGCCCCCUAACCCCGAUAGGGACCACUCAAAUUCCUAAGUACUGUAUAAAUUAUAUUUCUCUUCAGUUCGUCCUGGAAAACAUCGUGCCGCUGCUGUUCGACGCCGUCCUCUUCGACUACCAAAGAAAUGUCCCGUCGGCCCGCGAACCCAAGGUCCUCUCCCUGCUGAGCAUCAUCGUCACCAAGCUCGGGGUAUCCAACCAGGCCGUUUGCCUUGACCUUGCCUUUUGUCAGCCUCUGAUCAACAAGGAAGUGCCGACGAUCCUCGACGCCGUCUUCGACUGCACCCUGCAGAUGAUCAACAAGGACUUGGAGGUGAAUCGGGAGGGGCAAAAUCUGGUUAUCUGAGGCUUAUUUUGAGCUAUGAUAGCUUUGACGCGGUAAAAUUCAGGAAAAUGAGCCAUGAGAUAGAAAAUUCGAAAAAUUCCCCCCACCAAGCCAAUAUUUGACUGGGGGUUUUUUCUUCUGGAAUCCAGUGCAAAUUGGGGGCGAUUCUGAGAAUCUUCAAGGAUUCCCUUCCCCCUCAUUUAAAGCUUUAGCCCCCCACACAAGCCAAAUUUCGACUAGGGGUGGAGGCUUUUUUCUUAGUCUUCAAGGCUCACCCCCACAGGUUAUAGUCUCCACCUUCAAAAAAAUUCCCCCUUCCUUCCCUACCAAGCCGCCUGGGAAGAUUAAUUUUUCUAAGACCCCCCGUUAAAAGCUUUUUGCCCCCCACACAAGCCGAAUUUCGACUAGGGAUCGAGGCUUUUUUUCUUAGUCUUCAAAGAUCGCCUCCCAGGUUAAAGCCUCCACUUUCAAACAAUCCCCCCAUCAAGCCAAAUUUUUAACUGGGGGACUAUUUCUUAAUCUAGAACCCCCCCCCCCCCUUAUCAGGCCAAAUUUCGACGGGAGGGGGUGGGGGGUAGGAUGUUUUCUUUAUUAGAACCUCCCCCCAGAACAGCUUUCCAAGGGGAAUCGGCUUUUGGAUACUUGCGCUCUAGAGAUUUUCACUUAAAAUAAACAUUUUAGCCGUUAGUUAUCACUUAUCUUGCUUUAAAUCGAAAAAUAUUUAUUCCAUUUUCAGGCCUACCCCGAACACCGGACCAACUUCUUCCAACUGGUCCUCUCCUUGAUCCAGGAAAGCUUCACGGUCUUUCUGAACAUGCCGACGGAGCAGCUGAAGCACGUCCUCGACUCGGUCGUUUGGGCCUUCCAGCACUCGAUGAGAAACGUCGCCGAGAUUGGUAAAAUAUUCUGACUUCGAUUUUUGAAGAUUCGGAAAAAUUACUAUGUUUUGAGAUUGUGAUGAAAUUUUCAGAAAAAACUAUGAUAUUUUUUUCCUCUUCAAUUCAGUCUAAUUCCAGGUCUCGACAUCCUGAAGGAGAUGCUGAGCAAAGUGGCGGAGAUGCCCGGCGAACGGUCCCAGGCCUUCUACACCGAACACUACAUGUUGAUUUUGCAACACGUUUUGGCCGUCGUCUGCGACAGCAGCCAGGUCCAUGUCGCUGGUGAGUUUCAGGGGUUAUGUUGGGAAAAAAGGUAGGAAAUAUUGCGUAAAUCAUUUGAAACAAGCCUAGAAUAGGGAGAUGUCGACAGGACGCCCCGAGGCGCCGCAAAACAAUCUGCUUGGGAACUUUUUUUACCCCCGGUUGAACUUUUGCUGAAACUUUGCUAAAGUGUCCUUCAAGACCUCCUGAUCCCAAAAAAAGAAAAAAAAUUCUCGCAAUAGAUCUUGUUUCCGAAUUAUGGAGCUUCAAAGUGUGCAAAAUACGCAAGUUAGGCCAAAAAAGCGCAAUUUCAAGCUUUUGAAGCGUCCUAACUUGAAAACGAGAUCUAUUGCGAGAAAUUUUCUUUUUGUUCUGGAAUCAGGGGGUCCUGAAGUAAACUUUAGCAACGUUUCAGCAGAAUUCCAACCGGGGGGCGCAAAAAAACGUUCCCUAGUGAAAACAAGAGUAAAAAUGAAGAAAAAGCGAGAAAAAGCUGGGGAAAAAAUCAAGAAAAAGAGGCUCUAAAAGGAAAGGUCGCCCCGGGUCAACCCGCAAAGUUGAAAAUGACAAAUUAAUGAAAAAUCAAGAAAAAUAGGCUCUUUUGUAAAGAUUACCGCUUUCCGGGUCGUGUCGCCCCGAACCAACCCGUCCCAUCAGAAGCUCUGAUAAAAUAAACAGCUGCGUAAAGCUUACCGAAUUCAGCAAGAAUUGGGUUGAAAGAGUGCUCCACGGACAACGUGUAGGACUAUUUUCAUGUUCAUCUCUUUUCUGACUGUUAAAAUCAGAUGGCCAGUAGUCAAAAUUUUGGUAAGAAGGCAUGACUAUACAUGGGCAAGUAAGGAACCCAAAAAGCCCGGGAGGAUGAUUUGAAUAACCAAAGUUUCGAAAAAUACGAUUGAAAAGUAAUUUUUGAACAGCCGGAGGUAGUAAUGACAAAAUGAAGCUGAAUUGAACACCACGGAGGUAGUACCGACUUUAAUUUAGCUUGGGAGGUAGCCUCUUAAGAAAUGUUGGACUAUUUAUGGAGAUGACCCGUGGAGCGCACUUUCAAACCGCAAUGCAGAAUAUUGAAUAUUGAAUAUUUAUUUAUUUUUGGAACAUUCGUCGGCACGAUCUUUAUCUUUGGCUGACUCCCACGGCUUUUUUUUUUUGCGCGACUCAGAAUAUCGUUUUAAUGCGGCUUUACAAUAGAACAAGUUCGUAAAAAAAAGGUUCUCGACGUGUUUUUUUCCUAUUUUUAACGCUCAAAAAUAGUUUACGUGCGAUUUUAUGCGGAAGAAUGUGUUCAGGUAAAACAGAUAAAGGAAAAAAUUGUAUGGUAAAGCUCAAAUUUUCAUAUUUCUCCACUCUUUUUUGUAAUUUUAACAGCCGAAACUUGAGCCGAAAACUUGAAAAAGCGUCCUUUUUUCCGGUUUUUUAAGCCUCUGUUUCGAUUUCCUUGGUUUUUCCUUUUGAAAGUUGAUUUUUUUCACGAUUUUUCAGUUGAAAUGGCUCCUCCUCUUUCCAAUAAAAUUGAUGAUCAAGUUAAAAAAAUUUUUCUAGGCCUCACCUACUACGCCGAAGUUCUGUGCUCGUUGUUCCGUGCUCCUGAAUUCUCGAUCCAGGUUUUCAGAUUGACAUGAAAAUCAAUUUUCGAACAAAUAUGUACUUGAGGUGCCCCUGAACAAGGAAAAUCCAAGCCAGAGCAACAUCGACUACGUGUACGGCUACAUUUCCGAUCAAUUCGCCAUGCAUUUCAAGAAUUUGUCGGCGUCAGUACUUGUUCUAUAAGAAAUUAUCUUGUAUUGUGUUGAUUUUUUGAUUUUCUAGGGAUUUUAGGCGUUUUUGUGCAGUGGUCUUGUGUGGAAGUUAUUGAUUUUCUGAGAAUUUUCGAGAAAAAGUGUAUCAGUUCAAGAUUUUGAGAGAAGAGUUCGAAGUAUGUCCCGCAAAAUUGAAAAAUAUCUCUCACUCUCCAAAAUUAAAUUAUCUUUUUCACUCUAUGACCGGUAGGCUUCGAAAAAAGGGUCCUGACACGAUAAGAAAAGAGAUACUGCUCGGUUCGUGGAGAGCGCAGACAGGCCACGCCCCUUUUCGUCCCAAGCUGGACGUGGAUAGGCUAUUUUUGAUUCAUUUUGAAUUUAGAUUACAAAAAAGGAGAAAAAAAUAAAGUUUUAUAGAGGAAAAGCUCAUCUUCCCGAUUUCAGUGAUCAGAUCCGCGUCAUCACCAAGGGAUUCUUCAGCUUCAACACGGAGACCGGCUUGAUGAGAAACCAUCUUCGCGAUUUCCUCGUCCAGUUGAAGGUAAAUCCUCGAUUUCCCCUAGGGCGAUCUUCUGGUACAUUUUUUCUCGUGGGAUGUAGGAAAAUGGACAGGUUGAGGUCUCGGGGACCUUCAUUUAGUAGUUUUAAGAGUUUCUGAGGCAAAAAUUAGAGAUUUAUAGGGAGUAAAAUAUAAAUUUAUUCUAUUGUAAGAACAAAAGCGCCUGUAGUUGGUUAAUAGCUGGCUUGAGCCGUCGAAAAAUGGGUCCUGACACGAUAGAAAAACAGACAGUGCUUGGUUGAUGGAGAGCGCAGAAAGGGCACGUCCUAAGCUAGUCUUCAGCUUUUCUGCAGUUUUUUAGGACGAGUCUGAGCCAUUCAGUGAUCACUUUAGUAGUGUUAGUGCCCCAUGAAAAUUGCCUCAAAAUAGAAAAGUUGUACAUAAAGCGUACAAGAAACUGCAAACCCUUUUUGACCCAUCUCGGCUUUUUUGAAGGAGCUCAGAAGGAACACCUGUAAAGAUGACACGCUAAAAAGAUCCUUAGAAAUGACCAAGGAGGUUUCUGAGCAUUUCAAGUUAUCACUUAAGGGUUCCCAACCCCUAAAAGGGUCACUAGAAACGGAUAGUCUCGGUGGGACCUGAAAAAAAGGAGAGGGACUUGGCAAAAAAAACGAGAAAAAGGGGGGUUGGCAAAAAAACUUUUUAAAAAACAAAAAUUCAUUUUGUAAAGUUCAAUUGUAUGGCAGAAGCGAUUUUUUUCUGAGUCAAAAGUGAUCGGAAAAAAAUUCGGAUUCAGCACCAUCGAACUAGACUAAUUGGGGGCUUGGCAUUGAGUAAGGAGAGGGGGAGGACUUGGCUGUCGCCAGUUAUCCCAUGGAUGGCUCAGAAUCGUCUGGGGUGUACCCAGGGGCCCGAGAAUGGACACCUCAGCUUUCAGAAACGAUUGAUUUUAGAAAAAAUUAUUUCUAAGCUGCUUUUCUGUGCACUCAGAUUUCUAUAAUUAAAAAAAUCGUCCGUUUUUGUUAAGAAACUGGAAAUUCUGAACCAUGAAAACUCAUUAUUCCGAUUCCAGGAGACGACCGGCGAAGACCCGUCGGACCUUUUCCUGGAAGAACGCGAGGCGGAGAUCCAGGCGGCGCAGGAGAGAAAGAAGUGCAUCCCAGGCAUGAUGAAUCCCAAUGAUUUGCCCGACGAAGACGACAUGAAGUGA